AUGAAACUUGCACUGCUCUCGCUGAUAGGCACGGCUCUGGCGACUCCAGCGGUGAUGCUGUCGCACAAGGAGCUGACGGCUUUCGAAAAAUACACCAACAAACAGACAUCCAACAGCAUAUCGGCAGUGGAGCUGGAUCGAGUGGCGCGGAAACUGAUGCACGACUGCUCGGCCAACACCUACGUGGUGGUGAACCAGCCGGGACUCAAGGCCAAGGAUUUCCAGACGGAGUCGGCGUUUCCGUUUCUCAAAAAGCUCCUGGAACGAACCUCCACCAUGUACACAGUGCCCUAUGCUGAUGGAGGCAUUGAGCUGGGCAAGCUGGCCAACUCUGUGGCCAAGCAGUGCGGCGCGGUCAAAAUCGACGUCAAUCUCGACAACAACAUCACUCCUCUGGAGGAGUACAUGGAUACCACCAAGCGAGUAAUCGAGAUCAACUUUGAGCCCCUGCCAAACACAUAUGUCUCUCGACUGGCUGCUCUGGCCGCCAAUGACGAGAUGCUGGAGAAGAUUGUGCGAGCAACGCCCUCGCCGUUCAUUGCGCUCAUUUUGACCUCGCAAAAGGGCGAGGAGGGAGACUUUGAAACCAGAAACCCCGACUUCAAAAUCUUUCCAGGCGUGGCUCGAGCCAAGACUGUGCCUGGAGCGAAGGACAAGUACAAGUACCACAUGGAGCUGCAAAAUGUGCCUGUGGACGAGAAAAAGCUCACUGCCGAGGCGCUCUUGAAGGUCAAGACUCCCCCCACACAUGCUCCUGAGGUGCGCCAGACGGGAGACGGAGAGCUGGUCGACGACAAGCUGCUGCUGAUGAUUGUGGGGUCGGUUGUUGCCAUCCUCCUUUCGCUACUUGUCUUCAACGGUCUUAUGGCGGCCAAACCUGACGUGGUGAAGGUGGACAAGACUGACGCAAAGGUGGAGAAGGCCGUGAAGAAAGAGGUUCAAAAGAAGGAGCGACUAGUGAAUGGACGAGUCGAGCAGCUGAAGCGUGAGACUAGAUAG